AUGGCGGUCCGGUCGACUUUGCGCCGGGCGCUGGCGUUCACCGGUUCCGGCUCCGGGCUCGUCCCGUGUCUCACAGCGCUCGGGCUCGUCCUCUUCCAAGCCGGCUCGGCAGCAAACAUCUUCGACGCCCGCGAACGAGGGCAAUUCAACUUCUCUCCGACGUCUGCGUUGACAAUUUCCGAGUUCCUGAGGUUUCUAAUUUCGACGAUCCUAUUCAAGCGCGAAGUGCGCAGACGAACGGCGAAUGGUACCGAGUAUUCUUCGCUCGGCGAAUCGGAAGAGUUGGAUCUCGACAACUAUGACAGCGGACGGUCGUCGCUCGAAUACAACAUCGAGAAAGUUUCAGCGCAUGAAAAGAUUGGAAGUGCAAGGGCGCUGUGGCGCUUCGUCUGGGGAGAUGCGGGUGCGGAGAUCAGAUUUGCUUUUGCGAGGAUCGCGCUUCUGCAGAUGAUUGCCAGCAACUUGCUGUUUCUCAACUAUCUAGUGGCCGACCCGGGAACUGUGCAGCUGAUGAAGAGCGGCAUCGCGAUUGGCGCCGCUCUCUUCGCGACACCAGCCUUUGGCUUGAGAGGACCCAAGACGAGGUGGAUGGCAUUUCUGAUCCAGACCUCUGGCUUGGUCCUCUCCCAAUUCUACCCGCAACAUCGCACGAGAGCCUCGACAUAUCAGUUGCACCUCUAUUUCGCCUUCGUAGCACAGUCCGCCUUCAGCUCCUUGUCUGACAUCUACGGAGAGAAGUUGCUCAAGAAUACCGAGCUCGGUUCCAAUGCAUCUAACAUGAUCCUGGGCGCCUUUGGUGUUGUUUUCAACCUGUUCGCGCAUGCGCUUGUACGCUACGCCAAUGUGAUGGAGCCGGGCUUCUUCGACGGUUACAACAACAGAGGCAUUUCAGUUGUCAUCAUGAUGACGCUGCUAGGUCUGAUCUCUACUGUUGCCUCUAAACACAUCGACUCCUGGGCCAGAUGGUUCACUAACGACGCCACCACGAUUAUCCUACUGUUGGCUUCAAUGAGCUACACGCCCGUCAGAUACAGCUACUUCAUCAUCUCAGGCACCGCGCUCAUACUCAUUGCCUCGCUGGCCUACCUGAAAUUCAGCCCCCUGAAAGACUACAGUGCGCCGACGCCUACUGAGGAUCGAGCCCCAGCUUACUCUUUAGGCACAUCAAAGAAGCUGAAGUUUAGCCUCCUGACGUUGGCUAGCGUCAUCGGCGCUGGCAUCGUACCCUUCGCAACCAUCGCCGAGCCCCCGCACACGCCCGAGUAUCGACUUGUCAUGAGGGACGACACCGAUGGCCACUGCUUGACACCGCCGGCUAACAUAAUUCGGCCUUUCACGGACAAGAAGGAACCUUUCCAAAUUCAAGCUGGCGAAGGCAACCUUACCGCCUCGCCUUUUAGCAACACUCUGGCAAUGGUUCGCUGGAACGCGAAGCGCAUGGAGCGUGUGCCUCUGAUCAUGAAGUACAAGCCUUUCUUCCACACUGUCCACAUUUCCAUGCCGGAAGUCAUGGAGGACAAGCCGAAGACCUAUCACAACCUCACGCAUUCGCAAUACGACCGUCACGAGACGAUUUAUAUGCAAGUUGCGCAUACGAUGAAGCUCAUAUUGGACGAGCAACCGGAUAUCGAGGGGUUGAUGUACUUCCAUUUCGACUCCUGGAUCGAUCCCAUGGGCUGGGUCGACGAGAAUCGGCAGUCCAUCUGGUACCCGACUUCGCAUAACACGCGUCAGUUUGAGGGUGAUGGGCCCAGGUACAUGUGCAUGAACGACUGGCAGAAGUUUCCUCAAUGGUGGGGAUGGUACCACAAGUGGAACGAGAAGGCCGUCACCGUCAACGGCGAGAUUAUUCGAAUGAACCGCGGAUACGACGUCGUAGAGCAUGAGUUCUGCGUAGGCUGGUCGGAUAUUUACUACAUCCCCCGCCGCUUUUUCGCCGACUUUAUCUUCCUUUCUUACGUUUACGGUUGCGCGGAUUUGUUCCACGAGGUCGCGAUCCCGACCAUGCUGAACAUCAUCGACCGCAGCCGACGCAGCGAGAGCGCGCCAUUCCAGUCGCUCAUUGACCGUAUCGGGGACUGCUGGGGAGGAUGCUGUGACGACUCGGCGACACCACAUGAUGUGAAGUGGACACGUUGUGGACACCGAUUGGAUUAUUUGAAGCAGGAGGUUGUAGAUGCGCACUACGGCCGCUUGGAUGAGCAGACUGCAUGGCUUGGUCAAAAUCAACGGACGACCAAAAGCGAACGGCGUUAA